GGCAGAGGCCAAGCACAAGCACCAAACCCCACACCCGCACCCAAGAAAGCAAGCAGAGCAUUCUCCACUUUCCCCUCCCUCGCCAUGGCAGCCAAGGCCCCCGCCCUCGCGGCGGCGCUCCUCCUCCUCGCCGCCGCCGCCCUCCUGCUCGCCCGCGGCGCCGAGGCCGGGGCCACGGAGGUGCCGCUGAGCUGGGAGCUGGGCGUGGAGGACGUCGCCGACGACGGGUUCGGCUUCGCGGGCGCCGGCGGCGACGAGGCGGUGGCGGCGCGGCGCGUGCUGCAGAGCGGCAACGGGUACAUCAGCUACGGCGCGCUGCGAAGGGACAACGUGCCCUGCUCCGUGCGCGGCUCCUCCUACUACAACUGCCGCCCCGGCGGCCAGGCCAACCCCUACUCCCGCGGCUGCUCCGCCAUCACGCGCUGCCGCGGCUGAUUGGGCCACCCGCCGCUCCGCCCCCGCCCCCGCCCCGGUUGGUUGGUUGGUUGAGAUGCUGCUCCGUGCUCUCCUUCGCCGCAGAUGCAGAGUACUACAUUUCUUUCAUGCUGCUGUUUUACUAGUACUCAAUUCCAAGAGGUCGUGUCCGUUGAUGUAAAUCGAAAUCCAAGCCGUAUUGUAUAAACUGAUGGAUUGGUGGAUGAUUGGUUGAUUUCUUUCC